UUUGCAACAAGUGCACCAUCAACAGUGGAUGGUGUGUCAGGCAUUUGUGAUCAAAAUUUCUCAAAAAUACAAUUUUACAAGUGAAAAAGAAACAAAGCGAAUAUGCUGGCAAGAAUUUUGGCACCGCUAGGUGUCCUGGCAGUUGUUUUACUUGUGCCUUCGCUCUGUCAAGAUGCUUAUCCUUACACUGAUAGAAACUGCAGGACAGAUGUGCCAUACCCGCCCAAUGACCCCAAAGUGUCAACAUUUGUCUUGAACCUUGACCUGAACCCAAAGGACAGAUGGGCGCCGCUCAUGAAAAACAAGACCAAUGAGUUGAAAGCUAUGAUUGGUGACAUCAUCAAUUUGGUGGGUGCCUUCUUCAAGAACAAAACCAAGAUUGUCAACGAUCUGGAUACACUCCUGGGUCCUCUGGUCUACACCCUUCCCCAACCUUAUCAAGAUGAAAUGAUAGGAAUUUCUGAUGCAUCUGGAGUGCCUCUAGGCCAAAUUGUUCUGUACAAUAUCUUCUACGAAGUGUUUACAGUGUGCACCUCAAUUGUGGCUGAAACUCCCAAUGGAACCCUCUACCAUUCUAGGAACCUAGAUUUUGGACUCUUUCUGGGCUGGGAUGUCAAGAAUAAGAAGUGGGAAUUGACAGAGAGGCUAAGGCCGCUCGUUGUGAACGUCGACUACCAGAAAGGCGGGAAAACAGUUGCCAAGGCUGUUCAUUUUGUUGGUUAUGUCGGGGUCCUCACUGGAAUCAAGCCGGGUGUGAUUACCAUGACAAUGAAUGAACGCUACAACAUCGACGGUGGAUUUGUGGGCAUUUUUGAGUGGAUUCUGGGUCAAAGGUCAGAGCAGUGGAUGGGGUUCUUCAUGAGGGACACACUGGUGGAAGCUACUGAUUAUGCAAGUACCAAAACCAAAGUAAUAAAUGCUAAAAUCAUGUCUCCGGGGUACAUCAUAUUGGGCGGCAACAAAAGUGGUGAGGGCGCUAUCAUCGUCACUGACAGAGAGAAGCCGGCUUAUGUUGAAGAGCUGGAUCCAAAGAAAGGCAAGUGGUUCGUGCUUCAGACCAACUAUGACCCAGUGGAUAAGCCACCUUUCUUUGACGACCGACGUACAUCAGGUGUCAGGUGCAUGACCAACACCACUCAGAAGGCUGUUGGGUUUGGGCCGUUAUACAAUGUUCUGUCUACCAAGCCAAAUCUCAACCUGUUAACGGCCUACACAGCCAUGAUGCAAGUGGACACUGGCUAUCUGGACACCUUCAUCCGUGAGUGCCCCCAGCCCUGCUACCCAUGGUAAACAAGACUGUAAUUUGAGAUCUACAGGCUUCUUGUGAACUAUAAAAUCUUACUAUCAAUAACAUUAAUGAGUUUCACCGGCAUAAUUUUUACAAUCACUGUAUACUCGGUGCUGUCUGAGAGAUUAAGAGAAAAAAUUCUCAAGCUUGCUUUAGUGGUAUUAGAACCCAUGACCUCUUGCUUACUACUGCAGACGUCCUAACCACUCAACCAGUGAACUUGCCCGAGUCGGACUAUAUUUUCCACAUACCUCAAUAGUACAGUUUUGGAUUUCUUGAACGAACUUUAUUUUGUUGUUGCAAACAGAGUUUGAAACAAAGAUUUCUUUUUGGUCCGUUGCAGCUUUGAAAAAUUAAGUCAUCAAAUUAAUCACAAAGGAGAAUUUACAAGGUUUAAUUUAAUAGUAAUUAAGUUGAACAAAGAAAUUGACAGAAGCAGGGUUUGAACCUCUAUCAACUGAGCUAGCUAGUCAGUAGCCAUAAACCCCUAUAUGACAUGUAGCCAGGGAUCAUUAUGCUAGCAACAUUAGCAAUGCUGCAAUCUUGGGAAAUUGCAAAUUGGGAUCACGGUUAAGUUGACGUGCCUCUCACUUUUCAAAAUUAUAAAGAAACCCAGUCAAUUGUGCAAUUAGUAUAUAGAUGAAUAACAUUUUGUUUAGCAAUUAUUAGCAAUGAUCAUAUGCCCUUUGUAUUUCUGAAUUGUUAGAACAUACAUUUUUCUUGUCUCUGGUAACACAAGCCUUUAGGUUUAUGAUGAAGUGUUGCAAACAUUUGAUAGAAUGUUUUGUUAAUUAAAUGCAAUUGUGUUGCCAGGUGAAAUUAUACACAAUUUUUGCUCUGAAUUUGAAUGGAAAAUUUUAAAAGAAAUUGCAAGGAUGAAUUUCGUCAAAUUAAUUUAAUUGCGGAUGACAGAUUCCUAUAAUAUAGAGCAUGUGAUUCUUCCCUGUGAAAAAAAGCAAAUCCACACCAUAGUCUAUACUGUCAACAACAAAUUAUGUAAUUACAUCCAAGAAGGUGAAACAUAAUUUGAAACUUUUAGUACUUGAUAAGAUGAUAUGAUGAUAAGAUUGCUGAUCAGUACUUCCAUGCAAUUUUUCUACAUUUAUGUGGAGUUGGAUCAGCCUUUGAACCUUAAUGUAGAUUUCAGAAAAGUUGUUUCUGACCCACUGACCUCAAUUUUAUACUCUUUUUAUAAAAUGUGAAAAUUAAUUUGUAAUAAAUUUUGCAAUAGUAGAGAGAUUCCUUUUCUUUUUAAUUUCAUACAUUGGAUGUAAAUUUCAACGUUGUUUUAUCAUAUGUAAUUACAUUGUAUUUGAAAUUGUACAAUAUUGUUAACAAGAUGUUAAUUUAUUUGUGAUUGACAAUAAAGUAUAUAACCAUAGUUCACCACAGCA